CUCCUGUUCAAGCGGAACGCCACCAUGCUGGCCACCGUCUUCGCCGGCGCCUUCGUCUGGGAGAUUGGCUACAACACGCAAAUGAACAAGAUCUGGGACAACAUGAACCGUGGCCGCCAAUGGAAGGACAUCCGCCACAAGUACGUCGAGGCCAGCGACGAUGACGAGUAA